AUGGGGACUGGAGCUGCAGUCCCGGCUCGGGGACUGGAGCAGCAGUCCUGCCGUGGGGACUGGAGCUGCAGUCCCGGCGCGGGGACUGGAGCUGCAGUCCCGGCGCGGGGACUGGAGCUGCAGUCCCGGCGUGGGGACUGGAGCUGCAGUCCCGGCGUGGGGACUGGAGCUGCAGUCCCGGCUUGGGGACUGGAGCUGCAGUCCCGGCGUGGGGACUGGAGCUGCAGUCCCGGCGUGGGGAGUGGAGCUGCAGUCCCGGCGUGGGGACUGGAGCUGCAGUCCCGGCUUGGGGACUGGAGCUGCAGUCCCGGCUUGGGGACUGGAGCUGCAGUCCUGGCGUGGGGACUGGAGCUGCAGUCCCGGCGUGGGGACUGGAGCUGCAGUCCCGGCGUGGGGACUGGAGCUGCAGUCCCGGCGUGGGGACUCGAGCUGCAGUCCCGGCGUGGAGACUGCAGCGCGGGGACUGGAGCUGCAGUCCCGGCUCGGGGACUGGAGCUGCAGUCCCGGCGCGGGGACUGGAGCUGCAGUCCCGGCGCGGGAACUGGAGCUGCAGUCCCGGCUUGGGGACUGGAGCUGCAGUCCCGGCGUGGGGACUGGAGCUGCAGUCCCGGCGUGGGGACUGGAGCUGCAGUCCCGGCUUGGGGACUGGAGCUGCAGUCCCGGCUCCCGGCGUGGGGAGUGGAGCUGCAGUCCCGGCGUGGGGACUGGAGCUGCAGUCCCGGCUUGGGGACUGGAGCUGCAGUCCCGGCUUGGGGACUGGAGCUGCAGUCCUGGCGUGGGGACUGGAGCUGCAGUCCCGGCGUGGGGACUGGAGCUGCAGUCCCGGCGUGGGGACUCGAGCUGCAGUCCCGGCGCGGAGACUGCAGCGCGGGGACUGGAGCUGCAGUCCCGGCUCGGGGACUGGAGCUGCAGUCCCGGCGCGGGGACUGGAGCUGCAGUCCCGGCGCGGGAACUGGAGCUGCAGUCCCGGCUUGGGGACUGGAGCUGCAGUCCUGGCGUGGGGACUGGAGCUGCAGUCCCGGCGUGGGGACUGGAGCUGCAGUCCCGGCUUGGGGACUGGAGCUGCAGUCCCGGCUUGGGGACUGGAGCUGCAGUCCCGGCUUGGGGACUGGAGCUGCAGUCCCGGCUUGGGGACUGGAGCUGCAGUCCCGGCUUGGGGACUGGAGCUGCAGCCCCGGCGUGGGGACUGGAGCUGCAGUCCCAGCGUGGGGACUGGAGCUGCAGUCCCGGCUUGGGGACUGGAGCUGCAGUCCCGGCUUGGGGACUGAAGCUGCAGUCCCGGCUUGGGGACUGGAGCUGCAGUCCCGGCUUGGGGACUGGAGCUGCAGCCCCGGCGUGGGGACUGGAGCUGCAGUCCCGGCGUGGGGACUGGAGCUGCAGUCCCAGCUCGGGGACUGGAGCUGCAGUCCCGGCUCGGGGACUGGAGCUGCAGUCUCGGCGCAGGGACUGGAGCUGCAGUCCCGGCGCGGGGACUGGAGCUGCAGUUCCGGCGCGGGGACUGGAGCUGCAGUCCCGGCUUGGGGACUGGAGCUGCAGUCCCGGCCUGCAGUCCCGGCUUGGGGACUGGAGCUGCAGUCCCGGCUUGGGGACUGGAGCUGCAGUCCCGGCGUGGGGACUGGAGCUGCAGUCCCGGCGUGGGGACUGGAGCUGCAGUCCCAGCUCGGGGACUGGAGCUGCAGUCCCGGCUCGGGGACUGGAGCUGCAGUCCCGGCUUGGGGACUGGAGCUGCAGUCCCGGCGUGGGGACUGGAGCUGCAGUCCCGGCUUGGGGACUGGAGCUGCAGUCCCGGCUUGGGGACUGGAGCUGCAAUCCCGGCUUUGGGACUGGAGCUGCAGUCCCGGCUUUGGGACUGGAGCUGCAGUCCCGGCGUGGAGACUGGAGCUGCAGUCCCGGCGUGGGGACUGGAGCUGCAGUCCCGGCUUGGGGACUGGAGCUGCAGUCCCGGCUUGCGGACUGGAGCUGCAGUUCCGGCUUGGGGACUGGAGCUGCAGUCCCGGCGUGGGGACUGGAGCUGCAGUCCCGGCUUGGGGACUGGAGCUGCAGUCCCGGCUUGGGGACUGGAGCUGCAGUCCCGGCAUGGGGACUGGAGCUGCAGUCCCGGCUUGGGGAAUGGAGCUGCAGUCCGGGCGUGGGGACUGGAGCUGCAGUCCCGGCGUGGGGACUGGAGCUGCAGUCCCGGCGUGGGGACUGGAGCUGCAGUCCCGGCGUGGGGACUGGAGCUGCAGUCCCGGCGUGGGGACUGGAGCUGCAGUCCCGGCUUGGGGACUGGAGCUGCAAUCCCGGCUUGGGGACUGGAGCUGCAGUCCCGGCUUGGGGACUGGAGCUGCAGUCCCGGCGUGGGGACUGGAGCUGCAGUCCCGGCUUGGGGACUGGAGCUGCAGUCCCGGCUUGGGGACUGGAGCUGCAGUCCCGGUAUGGGGACUGGAGCUGCAGUCCCGGCUUGGGGACUGGAGCUGCAGUCCCGGCGUGGGGACUGGAGCUGCAGUCCCGGCGUGGGGACUGGAGCUGCAGUCCCGGCGUGGGGACUGGAGCUGCAGUCCCGGCGUGGGGACUGGAGCUGCAGUCCCGGCGUGGGGACUGGAGCUGCAGUCCUGGCUUGGGGACUGGAGCUGCAGUCCCGGCGUGGGGACUGGAGCUGCAGUCCCGGCGUGGGGACUGGAGCUGCAGUCCCGGCGUGGGGACUGGAGCUGCAGUUCCAGCUUGGGGACUGGAGCUGCGGUCCUGGCUUGGGGACUGGAGGUGCAGUCCCGGCUUGGGGACUGGAGCUACGGUCCUGGCUUGGGGACUGGAGCUGCAGUCCCAGCUCGGGGACUGGAGCUGCAGUCCCAGCUCGGGGACUGGAGCUGCAGUCCCGGCGCGGGGACUGGAGCUGCAGUCCCGGCGCGGGGACUGGAGCUGCAGUUCCGGCACGGGGACUGGAGCUGCAGUCCCGGCGCGGGGACUGGAGCUGCAGUCCCAGCUCGGGGACUGGAGCUGCAGUCCCGGCUCGGGGAUUGGAGCUGCAGUCCCGACGUGGGGACUGGAGCUGCAGUCCCGGCGUGGGGACUGGAGCUGCAGUCCCAGCUCGGGGACUGGAGCUGCAGUCCCGGCUCGGGGACUGGAGCUGCAGUCCCGGCUUGGGGACUGGAGCUGCAGUCCCGGCGUGGGGACUGGAGCUGCAGUCCCGGCGUGGGGACUGGAGCUGCAGUCCCGGCUUGUGGACUGGAGCUGCAGUCCCGGCUUGGGGACUGGAGCUGCAAUCCCGGCUUUGGGACUGGAGCUGCAGUCCCGGCUUUGGGACUGGAGCUGCAGUCCCGGCUUUGGGACUGGAGCUGCAGUCCCGGCGUGGAGACUGAAGCUGCAGUCCCGGCGUGGGGACUGGAGCUGCAGUCCCGGCUUGGGGACUGGAGCUGCAGUCCCGGCUUGGGGACUGGAGCUGCAGUCCCGGUAUGGGGACUGGAGCUGCAGUCCCGGCUUGGGGACUGGAGCUGCAGUCCCGGCGUGGGGACUGGAGCUGCAGUCCCGGCGUGGGGACUGGAGCUGCAGUCCCGGCGUGGGGACUGGAGCUGCAGUCCCAGCUCGGGGACUGGAGCUGCAGUCCCGGCUCGGGGACUGGAGCUGCAGUCCCGGCUCGGGGACUGGAGCUGCAGUCCCGGCUUGGGGACUGGAGCUGCAGUCCCGGCUUUGGGACUGGAGCUGCAGUCCCGGCUUUGGGACAGGAGCUGCAGUCCCGGCUUUGGGACUGGAGCUGCAGUCCCGGCGUGGAGACUGGAGCUGCAGUCCCGGCUUGGGGACUGGAGCUGCAGUCCCGGCUUGGGGACUGGAGCUGCAGUCCCGGCGUGGGGACUGGAGCUGCAGUCCCGGCGUGGGGACUGGAGCUGCAGUCCCGGCGUGGGGACUGGAGCUGCAGUCCCGGCGUGGGGACUGGAGCUGCAGUCCCGGCGUGGGGACUGGAGCUGCAGUCCCGGCUUGGGGACUGGAGCUGCAGUCCCGGCUUGGGGACUGGAGCUGCAGUCCCGGCAUGGGGACUGGAGCUGCAGUCCCGGCUUGGGGACUGGAGCUGCAGUCCCGGCGUGGGGACUGGAGCUGCAGUCCCGGCUUGGGGACUGGAGCUGCAAUCCCGGCUUGGGGACUGGAGCUGCAGUCCCGGCUUGGGGACUGGAGCUGCAGUCCCGGCGUGGGGACUGGAGCUGCAGUCCCGGCUUGGGGACUGGAGCUGCAGUCCCGGCGCGGGGACUGGAGCUGCAGUCCCGGCGCGGGGACUGGAGCUGCAGUUCCGGCACGGGGACUGGAGCUGCAGUCCCGGCUUGGGGACUGGAGCUGCAGUCCCAGCUCGGGGACUGGAGCUGCAGUCCCGGCUCGGGGAUUGGAGCUGCAGUCCCGACGUGGGGACUGGAGCUGCAGUCCCGGCGUGGGGACUGGAGCUGCAGUCCCAGCUUGGGGACUGGAGCUGCAGUCCCGGCUCGGGGACUGGAGCUGCAGUCCCGGCUUGGGGACUGGAGCUGCAGUCCCGGCGUGGGGACUGGAGCUGCAGUCCCGGCUUGGGGACUGGAGCUGCAGUCCCGGCGUGGGGACUGGAGCUGCAGUCCCGUCUUGUGGACUGGAGCUGCAGUCCCGGCUUGGGGACUGGAGCUGCAAUCCCGGCUUUGGGACUGGAGCUGCAGUCCCGGCUUUGGGACUGGAGCUGCAGUCCCGGCGUGGAGACUGAAGCUGCAGUCCCGGCGUGGGGACUGGAGCUGCAGUCCCGGCUUGGGGACUGGAGCUGCAGUCCCGGCUUGGGGACUGGAGCUGCAGUCCCGGUAUGGGGACUGGAGCUGCAGUCCCGGCUUGGGGACUGGAGCUGCAGUCCCGGCGUGGGGACUGGAGCUGCAGUCCCGGCGUGGGGACUGGAGCUGCAGUCCCGGCGUGGGGACUGGAGCUGCAGUCCCGGCGUGGGGACUGGAGCUGCAGUCCCAGCUCGGGGACUGGAGCUGCAGUCCCGGCUCGGGGACUGGAGCUGCAGUCCCGGCUUGGGGACUGGAGCUGCAGUCCCGGCUUGGGGACUGGAGCUGCAAUCCCGGCUUUGGGACUGGAGCUGCAGUCCCGGCUUUGGGACUGGAGCUGCAGUCCCGGCGUGGAGACUGGAGCUGCAGUCCCGGCGUGGGGACUGGAGCUGCAGUCCCGGCUUGGGGACUGGAGCUGCAGUCCCGGCUUGGGGACUGGAGCUGCAGUCCCGGCGUGGGGACUGGAGCUGCAGUCCCGGCGUGGGGACUGGAGCUGCAGUCCCGGCGUGGGGACUGGAGCUGCAGUCCCGGCGUGGGGACUGGAGCUGCAGUCCCGGCGUGGGGACUGGAGCUGCAGUCCCGGCUUGGGGACUGGAGCUGCAGUCCCGGCAUGGGGACUGGAGCUGCAGUCCCGGCUUGGGGACUGGAGCUGCAGUCCCGGCGUGGGGACUGGAGCUGCAGUCCCGGCUUGGGGACUGGAGCUGCAAUCCCGGCUUGGGGACUGGAGCUGCAGUCCCGGCUUGGGGACUGGAGCUGCAGUCCCGGCGUGGGGACUGGAGCUGCAGUCCCGGCUUGGGGACUGGAGCUGCAGUCCCGGCUUGGGGACUGGAGCUGCAGUCCCGGCAUGGGGACUGGAGCUGCAGUCCUGGCUUGGGGACUGGAGCUGCAGUCCCGGCGUGGGGACUGGAGCUGCAGUCCCGGCGUGGGGACUGGAGCUGCAGUCCCGGCGUGGGGACUGGAGCUGCAGUCCCGGCGUGGGGACUGGAGCUGCAGUCCCGGCUUGGGGACUGGAGCUGCAGUCCCGGCGUGGGGACUGGAGCUGCAGUCCCGGCGUGGGGACUGGAGCUGCAGUCCCGGCGUGGGGACUGGAGCUGCAGUCCCGGCGUGGGGACUGGAGCUGCAGUCCUGGCUUGGGGACUGGAGCUGCAGUCCCGGCGUGGGGACUGGAGCUGCAGUCUCGGCGUGGGGACUGGAGCUGCAGUCCCGGCUUGGGGACUGGAGCUGCAGUCCCGGCUUGGGGACUGGAGCUGCAGUCCCAGCAUGGGGACUGGAGCUGCAGUCCCGGCUUGGGGACUGGAGCUGCAGUCCCGGCGUGGGGACUGGAGCUGCAGUCCCGGCUUGGGGACUGGAGCUGCAGUCCCGGCGUGGGGACUGGAGCUGCAGUCCCGGCUUGGGGACUGGAGCUGCAGUCCCGGCGUGGGGACUGGAGCUGCAGUCCCGGCGUGGGGACUGGAGCUGCAGUCCCAGCUCGGGGACUGGAGCUGCAGUCCCGGCGCGGGGACUGGAGCUGCAGUCCCGGCGCGGGGACUGGAGCUGCAGUCCCGGCGCGGGGACUGGAGCUGCAGUCCUGGCGCGGGGACUUGAGCUGCAGUCCCAUCGCGGGGACUGGAGCUGCAGUCCCGGCUUGGGGACUGGAGCUGCAGUCCCAGCGUGGGGACUGGAGCUGCAGUCCCGGCGUGGGAACUGGAGCUGCAGUCCCGGCUUGGGGACUGGAGCUGCAAUCCCGGCUUGGGGACUGGAGCUGCAGUCCCGGCUUGGGGACUGGAGCUGCAGUCCCGGCGUGGGGACUGGAGCUGCAGUCCCGGCUUGGGGACUGGAGCUGCAGUCCCGGCUUGGGGACUGGAGCUGCAGUCCCGGUAUGGGGACUGGAGCUGCAGUCCCGGCUUGGGGACUGGAGCUGCAGUCCCGGCGUGGGGACUGGAGCUGCAGUCCCGGCGUGGGGACUGGAGCUGCAGUCCCGGCGUGGGGACUGGAGCUGCAGUCCUGGCGUGGGGACUGGAGCUGCAGUCCCGGCGUGGGGACUGGAGCUGCAGUCCUGGCUUGGGGACUGGAGCUGCAGUCCCGGCGUGGGGACUGGAGCUGCAGUCCCGGCUUGGGGACUGGAGCUGCGGUCCCGGCGUGGGGACUGGAGCUGCAGUUCCAGAUUGGGGACUGGAGCUGCGGUCCUGGCUUGGGGACUGGAGGUGCAGUCCCGGCUUGGGGACUGGAGCUACGGUCCUGGCUUGGGGACUGGAGCUGCAGUCCCAGCUCGGGGACUGGAGCUGCAGUCCCAGCUCGGGGACUGGAGCUGCAGUCCCGGCGCGGGGACUGGAGCUGCAGUCCCGGCGCGGGGACUGGAGCUGCAGUUCCGGCACGGGGACUGGAGCUGCAGUCCCGGCGCGGGGAAUGGAGCUGCAGUCCCAGCUCGGGGACUGGAGCUGCAGUCCCGGCUCGGGGACUGGAGCUGCAGUCCCGGCUUGGGGACUGGAGCUGCAGUCCCGGCGUGGGGACUGGAGCUGCAGUCCCGGCUUGGGGACUGGAGCUGCAGUCCCGGCGUGGGGACUGGAGCUGCAGUCCCGGCUUGUGGACUGGAGCUGCAGUCCCGGCUUGGGGACUGGAGCUGCAAUCCCGGCUUUGGGACUGGAGCUGCAGUCCCGGCUUUGGGACUGGAGCUGCAGUCCCGGUGUGGAGACUGAAGCUGCAGUCCCGGCGUGGGGACUGGAGCUGCAGUCCCGGCUUGGGGACUGGAGCUGCAGUCCCGGCUUGGGGACUGGAGCUGCAGUCCCGGCGUGGGGACUGGAGCUGCAGUCCCGGCGUGGGGACUGGAGCUGCAGUCCCAGCUCGGGGACUGGAGCUGCAGUCCCGGCUCGGGGACUGGAGCUGCAGUCCCGGCUUGGGGACUGGAGCUGCAGUCCCGGCUUGGGGACUGGAGCUGCAAUCCCGGCUUUGGGACUGGAGCUGCAGUCCCGGCUUUGGGACUGGAGCUGCAGUCCCGGCGUGGAGACUGGAGCUGCAGUCCCGGCGUGGGGACUGGAGCUGCAGUCCCGGCGUGGGGACUGGAGCUGCAGUCCCGGCGUGGGGACUGGAGCUGCAGUCCCGGCUUGGGGACUGGAGCUGCAGUCCCGGCGUGGGGACUGGAGCUGCAGUCCCGGCGUGGGGACUGGAGCUGCAGUCCCGGCGUGGGGACUGGAGCUGCAGUCCCGGCGUGGGGACUGGAGCUGCAGUCCUGGCUUGGGGACUGGAGCUGCAGUCCCGGCGCGGGGACUGGAGCUGCAGUCCCGGCGCGGGGACUGGAGCUGCAGUCCCGGCGCGGGGACUGGAGCUGCAGUCCUGGCGCGGGGACUUGAGCUGCAGUCCCAUCGCGGGGACUGGAGCUGCAGUCCCGGCUUGGGGACUGGAGCUGCAGUCCCAGCGUGGGGACUGGAGCUGCAGUCCCGGCGUGGGGACUGGAGCUGCAGUCCCGGCUUGGGGACUGGAGCUGCAAUCCCGGCUUGGGGACUGGAGCUGCAGUCCCGGCUUGGGGACUGGAGCUGCAGUCCCGGCGUGGGGACUGGAGCUGCAGUCCCGGCUUGGGGACUGGAGCUGCAGUCCCGGCUUGGGGACUGGAGCUGCAGUCCCGGUAUGGGGACUGGAGCUGCAGUCCCGGCUUGGGGACUGGAGCUGCAGUCCCGGCGUGGGGACUGGAGCUGCAGUCCCGCCGUGGGGACUGGAGCUGCAGUCCCGGCGUGGGGACUGGAGCUGCAGUCCCGGCGUGGGGACUGGAGCUGCAGUCCCGGCGUGGGGACUGGAGCUGCAGUCCUGGCUUGGGGACUGGAGCUGCAGUCCCGGCGUGGGGACUGGAGCUGCAGUCCCGGCUUGGGGACUGGAGCUGCGGUCCCGGCGUGGGGACUGGAGCUGCAGUUCCAGAUUGGGGACUGGAGCUGCGGUCCUGGCUUGGGGACUGGAGGUGCAGUCCCGGCUUGGGGACUGGAGCUACGGUCCUGGCUUGGGGACUGGAGCUGCAGUCCCAGCUCGGGGACUGGAGCUGCAGUCCCAGCUCGGGGACUGGAGCUGCAGUCCCGGCGCGGGGACUGGAGCUGCAGUCCCGGCGCGGGGACUGGAGCUGCAGUUCCGGCACGGGGACUGGAGCUGCAGUCCCGGCGCGGGGAAUGGAGCUGCAGUCCCAGCUCGGGGACUGGAGCUGCAGUCCCGGCUCGGGGACUGGAGCUGCAGUCCCGGCUUGGGGACUGGAGCUGCAGUCCCGGCGUGGGGACUGGAGCUGCAGUCCCGGCUUGGGGACUGGAGCUGCAGUCCCGGCGUGGGGACUGGAGCUGCAGUCCCGGCUUGGGGACUGGAGCUGCAGUCCCGGCGCGGGGACUGGAGCUGCAGUCCCGGCGCGGGGACUGGAGCUGCAGUUCCGGCACGGGGACUGGAGCUGCAGUCCCGGCUUGGGGACUGGAGCUGCAGUCCCAGCUCGGGGACUGGAGCUGCAGUCCCGGCUCGGGGAUUGGAGCUGCAGUCCCGACGUGGGGACUGGAGCUGCAGUCCCGGCGUGGGGACUGGAGCUGCAGUCCCAGCUUGGGGACUGGAGCUGCAGUCCCGGCUCGGGGACUGGAGCUGCAGUCCCGGCUUGGGGACUGGAGCUGCAGUCCCGGCGUGGGGACUGGAGCUGCAGUCCCGGCUUGGGGACUGGAGCUGCAGUCCCGGCGUGGGGACUGGAGCUGCAGUCCCGUCUUGUGGACUGGAGCUGCAGUCCCGGCUUGGGGACUGGAGCUGCAAUCCCGGCUUUGGGACUGGAGCUGCAGUCCCGGCUUUGGGACUGGAGCUGCAGUCCCGGCGUGGAGACUGA